AUGGCCGACCCCUUGAGCAUCGCCGCAAGCAUUGCGGGGCUUCUGUCUCUUGCGGACAUCGUCUUUCUGCGCUUGUCCAAGUAUAUCAAGUCAGUCAAGAAUGCCGAGAAAGAGAUCAGCGAUCUAUGCAAAGAAGUUAAUUUGGUUGGGGGCACUGUCAAUAUGUUGUCGCGAUUGGCAACCUCCCUGGAGGCGGAGGACGAGUCUCCCAUUCAGGGCUUCCGAAUGCACCACGUUGACGGUUGUGCAGCGAUCCUAUCCGAGAUUGUCAACAAGACGAAGAAGUACGAAGACAAAUCAGGAGGAGGACUCAAGAAACUCUUUUGGCCUUACACUUCUUCGAAGACCAAGGAAAUGCUCGCAGACCUAUCGCGACACAAGGAAAACAUGAAUCUUGCGUUAUCAGCUACUUCAUUGGAGGCAUUACUGCGUUGUCUCGCUAAAGAGGAAGAAAGAGAACGAACCGCGACUGCAAUACUAGCCGAUGUUUAA